AUGUUCAGAAAUAACUACGACAACGAUUCCGUCACCUUUUCACCUCAAGGCCGGAUAUUCCAGGUCGAGUAUGCUCAAGAGGCUGUCAAGCAGGGAUCAGUAGUUGUCGGAGUGGUCAGCAAGAAACAUGUGGUCCUCACUGCCCUUAAGCGAAACGCAGAAGAACUGUCCUCCUACCAGAAAAAGAUUGUCGGUGUCGAUGACCACCUAGGAGUAGCCCUUGCCGGUCUCGCUUCAGAUGCUCGGGUCCUUUCCAACUUUAUGAAACAACAGUCGCUCGCCUCCAAAAUGACCUACGGCCGUCCGAUACCUGUCGAGCGCAUUGUGAAUAUGAUUGGUGACAGGGCUCAGACCAAUACGCAACACUAUGGCAAAAGACCCUACGGCGUGGGACUGUUGGUUGCGGGUGUCGAUGAGCUGGGACCCCAUCUAUUCGAGUUCUCUCCGUCGGGGAUGACGCAGGAAAUGCUGGCUUGUGCCAUUGGAGCCAGGAGUCAGAUGGCCCGAACGUAUCUGGAGAGACACCUCGAAAAGUUUGCGGACUGCAGUCGUGAAGAGUUGAUCAAACAUGCAUUGCUGGCAUUAAAGGAGUCUCUGGCGCAAGACAAGGAACUCACCGUGGACAACACCAGUUUGGCGGUGAUCGGUAUGGGCGAGAAAGAUGGCAGAAAGAAGCUGGAGGCCUUCAAGCUCUAUGAUGGACAGGACGUCGGACCUUUGCUCGAGGCAAGUGUGGAGUCGACGGCGACCGAAGGUGGAGAUGCAAUGGAAACAGAUUCGUAG